UUUGUUAAAAUUAGGCUCUGCCUUCAGGAUGAAGAGGACACUUUCCCAAGAUUUAGGCCUUAAUUUUUGCUGCUCUUUUUAAGAGCUAGUUCUAAGGGUCUGUAGGUUUUUGGUUAUAUCAAGUUGUAUGAUCUAAGGAGAGGUGCAGUGGUGCAGUUACUGCUUUCCUGGCUUGUGCUGUGAUCUAUGAACAACAUAAGCCUUCUUCUCCACCCUGGUACUGUGAUCAGGGCCUCUGUAUUCAUGUGGCCAUGAAUACUAGUGAGCUAGUACAUUUUUUAGCUCUAGGACUGCAACCUAGAAUUAUGUAUGGACCAAGCAACAGAGUCCCCCAGCCAAUGCCAGUGAGGGUCUCAUACUCUCCUUCUGACCAGUUGUCCAUCCAAAACCCUUACUGUCUGUGGGUUGAGAGCAUCCAAAACUGCUGCUGCCAUUCUGCCUCUAAAGCCUUCUAAGGUUGGCACCCAAACUUGGCCUUCAGUGUGUGAUCUAUGCUGGGCUCCAGAUCUGGCCACCACCCUGCUGAGACAGACCUUUCCUGCUGACCUCCUAAAUUGUCCUGGGAAGGAAAAUUGUUUCACCUCAACAUUUCCUUGGUUCUACUAUUCCAGAAUUCAAUUUAAGGAAUUAUUUUAAAAUCAUUUGGAGGGGAAUUUGAGAGAGCUCAGGAAGAAGCUGAAGCCAAGGGAGAAGAAUAACUUACCCAUGACUUAGCACUAGUCAGAUUGGAACCUAGGUCUUCUCAUUCCAGAGCUGGUGCUCCUUCCAUUCUGGAUUGUUCUUAAAGAGCCACCUGGAGUCUCUGAAAAGCUGAGUGACUUGUUCAGGGUCCAUGUAGCCAGGACUGGUCAGAGGUAUCGGCUUUCUUAUCUCCUGUCACAAUAUCUCAUUCUGAACCAUAAAACUAGAAUUUCAGAGUUGGGUGGGACCUUGGAAGGCAUCUAGUUCUGGCUGUGCCUGCAGUGGGAAUCUCUUCUGCUACAUCCCUUGGAAGGAACCAUCCAGGCUGUCCUGGACACUUCCAGCGACAGCGAUCUAACCCCAUAUCCCAAGAAAGUCCAUUCUACUUUUGGAUCACUGAUGACUGGACACUCUUCCCUACACAGAACCUAGAUCUGCUUCCUUCUUUCUGCCCAGUGCUCCUAGUUUUAUCCUUGGUACUCAUGUGCCUGUGAGGUAGGAACUGCAUCCCAGAAUAAGGAAAAGGGCCAAGGAGAACAUGGUAUCUGAAGACAUCUUGCCCUCUCAGUUUUCUGGUCUCUGUGCUAAUUAAGCUCAGUUCCUUCAGAUUCCCCAAUGGUAUGCAGACAAGGUUCUCUUUCCAUCCUGGUCAUCUUUCUCUGAACCUACGAUCUUCUGGAUUUCCCCCAUAGCUUCAGAAUAACUCUCUCCCAGACCUAAUUAGGCGUGGACCAUGGAGGAGUCCACUCAAGUCAUCAAUGCCAGAAGAUUGGGCCCAGGAAGGGAGAAGAGGAAGAGAACCCCAAUUUCCUACUUUCUGGCCUUGAACCCUCCUGAGGUCUGGGACUCUGGACAAGAGAGAAAGGCUCUCAUUGGUGCCCCUUGGUGAUGAUGUUGUCCCCCACCCUAGGGAGUGCAAUAAGUUAGGAUGUAGUAACAAUGGCUUAGUCUUCUCCGGGCCCAGGCUCUUGCUUAGUCCCAGGGCUCAGGGCCCCCUGGCAACACUUCCCUUGGACCUCUCAGAAACACUCAGGGAGGCUCCUUUCACUACUACGGACACCAAAAGAGAGAGAACUUCCAGUUAAUUCACCAAUGCAAAAGCUUUCACCCGUGGACACAGUCUAUGGUCACGUACAUAGGGAAACUACAAGAUGAUGAGAGUGACAGUUAGAACUACAUACAACCCAUUAAAGCCAUACUGUACAGUCACAGAGACCUACACAUGCACCUUUACCAAACGCCAGCUCCAGCGCCAGCGCUCCCAGCUGGGCUCGCUGUUCUCACGGCUGUACUCACGGUGCCCAUCGCCAUGCUCCACACGGAGCCCCUCACCGACCCCCUCACCAUACUCAAAGUCACCCCGGCGCGUCAGCACCUGCACCUGCACCUAUGAGUGCCACAGCGAAGGUAGCCGAGGCCACAGGGGCAAAGGCAGCCGAGGCAAUGGGGGCAAAAGCAGCCGAGACAAUGGGGGCAAAAGCAGCCGAGGCAAUGGGGGCAAAAGCAGCCGAGAGAAUGUGAGCAAAAAUAGCAGAGGCCAUGGGGGCAAAAGCAGCCGAGAGAAUGUGGGCAAAAGCUGCCGAGACAAUGGGGGCAAAAGCAGCCGAGAGAAUGUGGGCAAAAAUAGCAGAGGCCAUGGGGGCAAAAGCAGCCGAGAGAAUGUGGGCAAAAGCUGCCGAGACAAUGGGGGCAAAAGCAGCCGAGAGAAUGUGGGCAAAAGUAGCCGAGGCAAUGGGGGCAAAAGCAGCAGACAUUUGUACACAUGCAGCUGCUCGACCCGCUCCUCACCCUCUCCUUGUCGGCAAACCAACAAAGACUGGUCCCACGCCAAGGAAAGGUACACGAUCUCCCGCUCCUACUCCCACACCCACUCGCUGUGAGAGCUGGCUCUCCUUACACCUGUGCAUCCAUCCGAGGACUCUGGCUGAAGUUCCCAACCACACUGGGCAUCAGCAGUCAAGUCCUGGGAUCUGGCAAGAUAGGAAGAAUUUUUAAGUCUUUGUAAACAACUGGCCUGGGUUGAGUUACAUUUGACUCUUCUGGCAGAUAAAGGUAUACUCUUGCUCCAUCUCCUCAGGGAUCUCCUGGAUAUUUGAAGAGCCUGUGGGACAAAUGGUCAUCAGAUGCUGAAAACUUUUUUGCAGCCUGGAAAUGUGGUGACAAAACCAAGUCAGAUUCUCUGAAAAUGACAACACAUGAGCUUAACAACAAUGAUUUAUGCCCUAGGUUGGACAAAUGGAAGAAGAGAAAUAGAAAAAAGUCCAGCCAACCCAACUAAAGAGCUGUUCUCAAAACAAAGGCCUUGGAAAAUUUCAGAAA